AAUGCAGCUAACAACAAGCCUUUUCUUUCUGUAUGUUUUAUGUAGCUAAUUAUUAGCCAAAUAGCUGAGUUGUUUAUUGGUGAACGUUGCUCAGUUUGACUGUGGAGUUUAAUUUGUAACCAUAAACAGAGCGAUGCAGCACCUCCAGUUUUUUUUUUUUUUUUUUUUUUUUUUUUUUUCAAAUGUAUUAGUCUGUUUAGUGGCUUUUUAAAGAAUAAGAACUUAUUUCCUCUGCAGUCAUGAUGAACUAAAUGCUGAAUUUGAACUAAAGCCAAGUACAGCCUGUCUUUGUAUGGGGGGGGAAAAUCCCUACAAAUGGGAGCUGUUGAAAAGGGAGUGGUUUGUGCUGACAGCAAUGCCAGUUCAAUACUUGCUCGUGAAUUGAGUGUACGUUGGGUCAGUUCUGAGACACAGCCUGCAUCCUGCAGAUGUUCCAGUGGUGGUGCUCCGCUUGACCAAUUCACCUCAGUAACUUGUCAACCAGGAAGUUUUUCCAGGUGAGGGACAUUUUGCGUGGCAGUUGUUCCUCAUUUCUGAUCUUGUGACGGAGGGAAAGGAGCAGAAAGGUGUGAAGGAGAAACGCUCAGACAUGUUGGAUCCAAGAGUGAAUGAAACCAGGGGAGGCCAGAUUCAGUCAAUGGUCAACAACUUCAGUCAGAAUUAUGAAGGCUUCCUUAUCACCGAUCCCAGGCCACCAGGAUACAUCCAAGCUAUGCAGAAGAAGAACACAGUGAAGGAGCUAUUACUGCUGAAACGGCAGACUAGUGAACAGAAAUGGAACUGCUCACAGGAGGACAACAACACAGAGCAUCAUUUUAAAUCUGCAAAACUUGACACUUUUGAUUUGAGUCCUCAUAUGUUGGGCUUUCAAGCAACAGUAGCCCCACAUACCCCCACCUAUUUCCCUCUUGUUUCUCCUGAAAAUGGUCACAUUACCGCACAACAACAAAUGCAGAAUCCCCCAGCUCUGCAGGGACAAGUGGCUCCAGCUGCUGAGAUCAAGAUGACUUUAUUUCACUGGCAAAUACAGCAAGAGGCAAAGAGACUGGAAGGAGUUUCUCCUGAGCAGCUCAACUUGCAAGAUACAGAUGGUGACACAUUCCUGCACAUUGCAGUGGCACAGGGCAGACGGGCUCUGGCGUAUGUGCUUGCAGCAAAAAUGGCGAGAUGUGGCUCUCUGGACCUGAAAGAACACAAUGGGCAGACAGCUCUUCAGAUAGCAGCUGCCACCAAUCAGCAAUUAAUUGUCCACGACCUGCUGGUACAUGGAGCACAAAUCAACACCUGUGACUUCUGGGGCAGGUCUCCUUUGCAUGUGUGUGCUGAGAAAGGCCACUUUCUCAGUCUUCAAAGCAUCUGGAGGACCCUAAUUGGGAGUGGGCAAGCAGUUGAUGUUGAAAUGUUCAAUUAUGAUGGUUUAACCCCGCUCCAUGUAGCAGUCUUGUCUCACAGUGCAGUUAUUAAAGAACUGGGAUGUCUAGAAAACCCUUCGUCAUGUGUGGCAACAGAGCUGGUGCGGAGGAGACAAAUGUUUGUUGAAUGCAUUAAGACUCUGCUGCUCAUGGGCGCCUCCCACGGGACCAGGGAUCUGAAAAGUGGACGGACUUGUCUUCACAUGGUUUGUGAGGAGGCAAAUGUGGAGCUCUUGCAGCUUUUCCUUGACCAGCCAUCUUCACUGUCCAUUGUAAAUGUUAAGACAUUCAGUGGAAACACUGCCCUGCACGUUGUCAGUUCUUUGCAAAAUCAUAAAAGACAAGUGGAAGCUGUGAAGAUUCUGAUGAGAAAAGGAGCUGACCCUGGGAGCAGAAACUCUGAAAAUGAACUUCCAUCUCAGCUGGUGCCUGAAGGGCCCGUUGGUGAAAAGGUGCGACAGAUCCUGAAAGGGAAAUAUGUUCAUGCUUGAGUGAAGCUAAAAAACACUGUCAGUCAGACAGUCCAAUCUAUCAAAACAUUAUUUGCCAAAAUAAGGCAGAUGUUGGUUGUUUCAGUGAAACAUGCUACAUUGUUCAUUACCAUGUAAUGCUCUAAGUAGGUGAAGCUAUGACUUGUUUUUUCUGUGUUUUUGUUGUUUGUGAACUGUUAAUGUUUUCUGAGUUAAACUGUUACUUUAGGAUAGCUGUAGAAUCUUUUUUUUUUUUUUUUUCAUUUUUAAGGAUCAUGGGUUCAGAAGAUUUUUUUAACUUUCAAAAUUGUUUGGAGAAUUUUCACUGCUGUGAUAAAUGUAAUUGUUUGAGUUAACUAAAAAUAAAAGUGGAAAGGGUAUGCUCCAUGUCAGAUCUGGACAUACUUAAUUUAGGUGUUGUCAUGGUUUUAUCAGGUUAUUGAGAGAUAUUGUAUCAUAAGAGUGUGUUUUGAAUUUUUUUGUAAGAGAUUUCACUUUUCCUCUUGAUUUUGUUUACUUCAAGUGUAUAGGAAAUGUUUCAAAAGUCAAAGCAAGAUAAUGUCAAUUAGGAGGAAAAUUGUGCACUGUAUACACACUGCAGUGUUUUCUACAUUCUGUUGUUAAAUAUACACUACAUUGUGUUGAUAGUUUUAACAAGAUAACUAGUCUCUCCACAAGUACACCUACCAUACCAUACUGUUCCUACACUUUUAAAUGUUUGUUUUCACUGAUUUUAGUUCAGUUUCUUGCAUGUUAACGUCUUCAGAUAAUUGUUAUUAGUUUUAGUAAACCAGAUAUCCCCUAUGAAAUAACUAAA